AUGACCCAGGUUUGGAUGGACUGGGACAAAGAGGAAUGGAGUGACAGGAUUCUGGAAUUCUGGAAAACACCAUAGCUUCUGAAGAUUCAUGAAGAUUCAAAGGUUUCCCCCCACAGCAAAUUCUCCAGUGUUAAAUCAACGCUGAGAGUGUCAAAUGUAACACUGGUCCAGUGUCUCUACUAGUCCAUAUUUUUCAGGUCAACCCCUUUCCAGUGAAUUGUGGAGUUACCACCCAUGAUUGUUAGUGACAGAGACAUGGUUGUUUUCAGUCCUGUGGCCGUCACCAAGUGAGAUCCUAAGUGAAUAUGUAAUCAUUAAAAUGAAAUGAUUUAACACAAUACAACACAUAAUCCAUAAGGCCUUAUUUUGAGGGCCUAGUUUUACCCUAAUACAGUGACCUGAAACUCAUGGUUUACAGGCAACAUCAGACCUGCAAGUCACAUUAUGCUGGCUAGCAAAGUGAUGUGUAAUUCGUAUUGGAAUCCAACCAGAGUGGCUAUAUGCAACAUUUUGCAUUUUUAGUCACCCGCAACCUGGAUUCAGAAUGACUGCCGGGUGGGAAGACUAAGAUAUGAGACUACCUAAAGCAUCUAAACUGGAAUAACCAUUUCCAUUACGGGUGUGAUGAGUCCAAGUAACAGUUAGGAUUAGUUUAGAAUGUUUUUAUUUAUAUUUGAGUAGCAUAAGAUGAAUUAAUCAAUCAAUGCAAAAACAUAGAUAUUGAAACAAACAAUUAUAAAAACCAACCUGCAAUAGAGCAUGCUGGGAAAUAUGAUAGUAAUAGGCGUGGUUUUGGUUUAACACUGGUUAUUAAGACCAACACUGAGAUUAUUUUACCCCAAUGAGCUUUAAUUUAACACUUAGAGUUAAAGAUGCACUAUGCAGAAAUAUCUCCUCCAUUUCCUGGUUGCUAAAAUUGCUAAGUUUGCCUAAUUUCAGUUUAUAUGACAAAACAAGCAAGUGUAAUUUAGAGAAUCAUUGUACCAUCUAAAACCGCUGUGAAAUAUAUUUUCCAUAACCAAAAAUAUUGUAUUUUCAGCUGUUUGAAGCUGGUGUACAAACCGAAUGUAAAAGACACAAAAACUAAACUUAAAAAAUGGAAAGCAUAGAAAUGGCGCACAUAGAACAGAUAUACCGUUUCUUAGACUUGCUUUCAAUGAGAACGACAGAUCUAUUAUUCACAUUUCUAUGUGACUUUUGUCAGGUCGCCCAAAAAGUUUCAUAUUGCAGUUUUAAUUUAACACCUGAAUUACCACUAGAAAUGUUACACUGAAAAUUCAACACUAGGUAACACUGGCCAAUUUGCUAUGCCUCCUUUGGCUCACUGAUAAUAUACCAACACACACGUGGAAAGAAUUGAUUAAAAAAAAAAGAGUAGUUUAGGUCAUUUAAGGGUAUCAAGGGCGUAGGUCCCGUAUAGCUCAGUUGGUAGAGCAUGGCGUUUACAAUGCCAGGGUUGUGGGUUCGUUUCCCACGGGGGGCCAGUAUGAAAUAUGUAUGCACUCACUAACUGUAAGUCGCUCUGGAUAAGAGCGUCUGCUAAAAAUGUAAAUGUGGUGUUUUAGAAAAUACAUGUAAAAAACAAACAACAACAGGUAUUUACAUUCACUUCCUGACUGAAUUAAAUACUUAAUUGACUCCAAUUCUGACACCAAGCCUCACUAAUACCCUGCAUCUAAUACACAUCAAAAGUUCCCUCAUAAUUUAAAGUGGCAAUCUGCAGUUCAAACAACAACAAAGCGAAUUGGGUAGAGAAAUGUAACCACUCUCACAUUCAUAGAUGUGGCUAUGGAUGCAAUGACUGACCAUCCAUGAUAUCAAAAUGAUAGUUUUAACCAUGUUGUGAAGCUUUAUAGUGUUUGUUUACAAUUACUUUAAAAACAAUGGAGUAAAACAUGCUUCUGUUUUGGGUUCUGAUGGGGUUAAACAGUUGAACUAAGCUCAUCAGGCAUUUAUAAGUUACUUGUAUAUUCUUCAAGAAUCAAUAGGUAUAUAUUAUUAAUUUAAAAUAGAUGUAGCAAUCGCACUUCAAGAUGCAUGACCCUAAACAUGAGGCUCUUAAUGAUGAUAAUGUAUUGAAAGAAUGUCAAAGUAAUCCAGCGGUUGCCACAUUCCUGAUGAAGGGAGUUGAUGAGAAGCUCCACACCCUGUUUCUCCUAUCAUGACUGUGGCUUGCUGUCCACUGAAAAGCCACUUAAUAGGUUAUAUCUGACUUUGCUCUGCAUUGGUCUGGGUUGUGGGCUAGGCCCCAGCAGGAUUAGGGCCUGCCUCAGGGAACUGCUACCCAGGAAUUGAGUGAGGUUAGUGGGCCGCUUCUCGUCACCACCUCCCCUCCUACCACCACCUCCACCAUGUGGAAUUUCAGUCCGGUACCCUAGAGAAAGUCACUGACCUCUGAUUCAACUUUUUAAACCUGGGGGAAGGAGGGAGGGGGAGAAAGGGAGAGGGGGAGAAAGGGAGAGGGGGGAUAGUCUGUCAUGAAAGGAUAGCCCAGUGUGUCAGAGUGUGCUCUGUUUUAUCAUUAUCCAGGGGAUUAAAGCUACCGGAGAAAGUCCUCACUUUGGCAUUAGACUGAGAAAUACAUACUGCAGACUCUCACAACCCUGUAGAAGUGAAGAAAUCAACACGACGAUACAGACAGCAUACAACAACAGACAGGACAGAUUCUUAUAUUAACACACUUCCUGUUGCUUGACUCAACAGACAUGGAGUGCUGAUUAAGCAUUAUUGCUGUUAUUCUGUUUUCAGACAGUGUGACGCAACGGAUGUCUCACUAUGGCCUGGAUGAAGAAUGAUCCUUUCAACGUUUUCCCUUUUCACGACGUUUGCGGAGUAAGUGUCACAGUUCCUAUAUGUGUUAGGUAUUGUGGCAAAGGGACAGGUGGACUGGACACAUAGAGGCUGAUUCACUAACUGAGUUAGAGGACAUAUUUACUAAGAGUUUGCACCAUGACCUGCAGUUGUGCAGUAAUUGGUCAUUAAUAAAUCCAUAUUUACGAUAAAUCCAGCACCAUUUGAAUCUAUUCACGUCGUUGAAAUGAUAAGGUUGUGGUGAUGAAGAGAACAGAGUGCUCUCUGACUCACUCCAUUUCUGGGACAACAUUUUUUGCGAAGGCAGAUAUCUCUCCCAAAGUAGCACACAGGCAUUCUGAAGAUGUCCAAGCAGCCAUUUUGAAAAAUAACAGUAAAAUAAAAAGAAUGCCUCCCAAUACAAUUCUAAUGUAUUUCUUCCCACCCACGGCAAACAACAAAUGAUCUGGGAUUAAAACAUGACUAGUCAAUAGGUCUUCAGACCUCCCCCAAAAAUAUAUUUCAGAGGAAAAAAGAAAACUAUAAAUUACUGACCCAAGACAUAUUACUCUGGCUAUGCAUUACCCAGUGGAGUAGUUAAGAGGGGUUCGAUCAAAAGUGGCGAGGCCAGGAGAAACAGCCCGCCUUCAGAAUCUAUGACUGAUAGCAGCCCCCCCAAAUACCCUCUCAGUCCCCUGAUCAAUCUGUGGUUAACACCGGGUUUAAAACAACAUCGCCUCCAAGAGGAAGGGAAAUGGUCAGUGCUGCCUCUGACCCUGAACAGGGGAUACAUAUCACUGAGCCAGAUUGAUCUAAGGCUCAGGUUAAAGUGAAUGAAACGAGAAGUUCGGCUGUUUUCACAUGGAGAAGUGAUGUAACAAAGGGUGCCGUUGGCUUUGGUAGGACCUGAUUGAUUUACCACUUUUUAAUUUAAACAUGAAAAGGGACGCCCUUACAAAAAAUGAUUACAGUUUUGAAACUGCAGUAAAAGUGCAGUAACUGCAGUCGACUGUGGUAUUUUGGACGCAGUUACUACAUUUAAACUGCACUCUGACUGCAAUAUUUUUUGUAAGGGAUGUUCACACUCACAGAGUACAGUAAAAUGUUAUAUUUUACAACGGCAUACAUUAUGCUCAGAGCACAAAUCAGUUAGAUAGAGGGACCAAGCAAAAGCCAAAGGUGCUGUUUUAGUGUUGCUGACAGCACCAUAGAAACCCAGUGUACUAAGCACAGAGAAGAGCUGAUAACGCCACACAGCCAUGUGUUACAGUGAGUCAUCAGUUCCUCCAUAUCUGCCUGUGGCCUCUGCCAAAUGCAUACAAUGUAAAAAACAAAAGUCACUCAGAACAAUGUUCCUGUAUCUCCCUUCUCCUCUCUCACCACAGAGAUAGUGACAGACAGUCAACAACAUCAAAACAACUGAAGGUUCAUUGUACACUUCAACAUAUCAAUAUGUACAUCACGGCUGCCCAACCCUCUUCCUGGAGAUCUACCGUCCUGUGGGUUUUCAGUCCAACCCUAAUUUAACACACCUGAUUCUACUUAUUAGCUGCUCAACAGGACCUUAACUAGCUGAAUCAGAUGUGCUAAAUUAGGGUUGGACUGAGAACCUACAGGACAGUAGAUCUCCAGGAAGAGGGUUGGGCAGCCCUGAUGUACGGUUGAAGUCGGAAGUUUACAUACACUUAGGUUGGAGUCAUUAAAACUAGUUUUUCAACCACUCCACAAAUUUCUUGUUAACAAACUAUAGUUUUGGCAAGUCGGUUAGGACAUCUACUUUGUGCAUGACACAAGUAAUUUUUCCAACAAUGCCUGAAGGUACCACGUUCAUCUGUACAAACAAUAGUACGCAAGUAUAAAAACCAUGGGACCACGCAGCCGUCAUACCGCUCAGGAAGGAGACGCGUUCUGUGUCCUAGAGAUGAACGUACUUUGGUGCGAAAAGUGUAAAUCAAUCCCAGAACAACAGCAAAGGACCUUGUGAAGAUGCUGGAGGAAACAGGUACAAAAGUAUCUAUAUCCACAGUAAAACGAGUCCUAUAUCGACAUAACCUGAAAGGCCGCUCAGCAAGGAAGAAGCCACUGCUCCAAAACCACCAUUAAAAAAGCCAGACUACGGUUUGCAACUGCACAUGGGGACAAAGAUCGUACUUUUUGGAGAAAUGUAAUCUGAUCUGAUGAAACAAAAAUAGAACUGUUUGGCCAUAAUGACCAUCGUUAUGUUUGGAGGAAAAAGGGGUACGCUAGCAAGCCGAAGAACACCAUCCCAACCGUGAAGCAUGGGGGUGGCAGCAUCAUGCUGUGGGGAUGCUUUGUUGCAGGAGGGACUGGUGCACUUCACAAAAUAGAUGGCGUCAUGAGGAAGGAAAAUUAUGUGGAUAUAUUGAAGCAACAUCUCAAGACAUCAGUCAGGAAGUUAAAGCUUGGUCGCAAAUGGGUCUUCCAAAUGGACAAUGACCCCAAGCACACUUCCAAAGUUGUGGCAAAAUGGCUUAAGGACAACAAAGUCAAGGUAUUGGAGUGGCCAUCACAAAGCCCUGACCUCAAUCCUAUAGAAAAUGUGUGGGCAGAACUGAAAAAGCGUGUGCGAGCAAGGAGGCCUACAAACCUGACUCAGUUACACCAGCUCUGUCAGGAGGAAUGGGCCAAAAUUCACCCAACUUAUUGUGGGAAGCUUGUGGAAGGCUACCCGAAACGUUUGACCCAAGUUAAACAAUUUAAAGGCAAUGCUACCAAAUACUAAUUGAGUGUAUGUAAACUUCUGACCCACUGGGAAUGUGAUGAAAGAAAUAAAAGCUUAAAUAAAUAAUUCUCUCUACUAUUAUUCUGACAUUUCACAUUCUUAAAAUAAAGUGGUGAUCCUAACUGACCUAAAACAGGGAAUUGUUACUAGGAUUAAAUGUCAGGAAUUGUGAAAAACUGAGUUUAAAUGUAUUUGGCUACAGGUGUAUGUAAACUUCUGACUUCAACUGUAUACACUUGAAUAAUAUCCCUACAAUCUCUCCAACAUUGGCAAACCUCCAAAAGUGACCCAGCAAGCUAAAGAACCUUAGCUAGAAAACACAAUUUCCUAUUAGUUUUUCCUAUCAACUCUCAACACACUUCAAAGUAAACUGGGUAUCAGAGUGGAGAUAAGAAAAGAGGAGCUAGCGUGAGACACAGCACUGGUCUAGAGGCUGUCUGUUGAUGGGUCACACUCCCUCCUGUCACCCCUACCUAAUCUCCCUGCCUUAGUCUCUCAGUCCCCCACAACAAGAUACAGCAGUUCUCUCUCUCUCUCUCUCUCCUCUCUCUCUCUCUCUCUCUCUCUCUCUCUCCUCUCUCUCGAUAGGGGAGACUUCUCCUCUGAUCUAUAUCUCGCUUCGCUCGCUCUCUCUCUCUCUCUCUCGCUCUCAUCUCAAUUUCAAUCAUUGUAAGGGCUUUAUGGCAUGGAAACGUAUGUUAACAUUGCCAAAGCAAGUGAAGUACAUAGUAAACAAAAGUGAAAUAAACAAUAAACAUUAACAGUAAACAUUACACUCAGAAGUUUCAAAAGAAUAAAGACAUUUCAAAUGUCAUAUUAUGUUAUAUACAGUGUUUGUGUAACAAUGUGCAAUAGUUAAAGUACAAAUGGGAAAAUAAAAUAAACAUAAAUAUGGGUUGUAUUUACAAUGGUGUUUGUUCUUCACUGGUUGCCCUUUUCUUGUGGCAACAGGUCACAAAUCUUGUAGCUCUCUGUCUCUCUCUGUCUCUCUCUGUCUCUGUCUCUCUGUCUCUCUUUCUCUCUCUCUCUGUCUCUCUGUCUCUCUCUCUCGCUCUCUCUCUCUCUCUCUCUCUCUCUCUCUCUCUCUCUCUCUCUCUAUCCCACUUUCCAUCAAUUUGUAUAGCAGGCCCUCACGCCAAAUUGAGUCAAAAGCUUUUUUUAAAUCAACAAAGCAUGAGAAGACUUUGCCUUUGUUUUGGUUUGUUUGUUUGUCAAUUAGGGUGUGUAGGGUGAAUACGUGGUGUGUCGUACGGUAACAACUUUUUUUCUCUCUCUCUCUCUCUCUCUCUCUCUCUCUCUCUCUCUCUCUCUCUCUCUCUCUCUCUCUCUCUCUCUCUGUCUCUCUCUCUCUGUCUCUCUCUCUCUGUCUCUCUCUCUGUCGCUCUCUGUCUCUCUCUCUCUCUCUCUCUCUGUCUCUCUCUCUCUCUCUCUCUGUCUCUCUCUCUGUCUCUCUCUCUCUCUCUCACACGAGACAGCCUCAGCACAAAGACAAAACACUCAGAUCAAAUAAAGUCACUGCUGAAUGACAAACUUAUUAAAUGAAAACACGAUAAGACCAUACGUUUGAAGUCCAUAGUGAGUGUAUCAAAUGUACCAUAAUGUCUGAAUCAAGGCCUCAGAGUACAUUUCAAGGGACGAUAACUAGGGAUAUGUCAAAGAUCAAAUACUACAGACAUUGCAAUCAGUAUCACACGUGGAGUGGGAUGGAAGUUUGAUAUGAAACGGUGGAUGAUAUGAAGGGAAGACUAAACUUGAUGGUUUCCAAUCAGCAGAUGUUUACAAGAGUGUCUGGAGACACAACGAAGUACAGCAUUUGGUGGAGCUGGCACUACUUCAGAGGAGAAGAACAGAGGAAGAGAGAAGAGAUACUGGGCAUAUUCUGUGUUGUAGCUGGACACUGGAUGAGGCCCAUAGACUACUAGUAAGAGUGGUGCUGCCAGCGGUGGGGCCAUUCAAUCACACAUCCCUCUAUAUCUCUCUCUGCCCACGCUCCAGCUUCAACAGCCUUCAACUAUAGUUCAUAUUGAGGAAAAACUACAGCUCCAAAUUCCAGUCUGGGAAAUGGACGGGAUCCCUCUGAGCCAGGGUGGUGACAAUCACCCAGACAGCGGAUGGGAAGACUGAGGGUCGUUGUGUUGGCUAAUUACUUGGUAAGAGUGAUGGGUAGUUUUUAACCUAAACAAUGUAUACUAACAUUUCUGACUCCCAGUACUCUAAUACUGAGGUGCCAUACUCCAGUACAGUGCCUAUCAGGCUACAGUGCUUAUGAAGCUACAGUGCCUAUCAGGCUACAGUGCCUAUCAGGCUACAGUGCUUAUGAAGCUACAGUGCCUAUCAGGCUACAGUGCCGAUCAGGCUACAUUGUCUAUGAGGCUACAGUGCCUAUGAAGCUACAGUGCUUAUGAAGCUACGGUGCCUAUCAGGCUACAGUGCCUAUCAGGCUACAGUGCUGAUCAGGCUACAUUGUCUAUGAGGCUACAGUGUCUAUCAGGCUACAGUGCCGAUCAGGCUAUAUUGUCUAUGAGGCUAAAGUGCCUAUCAGGCUACAUUGUCUAUGAAGCUACAGUGCCUAUGAGGCUACAGUGUCUAUCAGGCUACAGUGCCUAUGAGGCUACAUUGUCUAUGAGGCUACAGUGCCUAUCAGGCUACAGUGCCUAUCAGGCUACAGUGCCUAUCAAGCUACAGUGCCAAUCAGGCUACAUUGUCUAUGAGGCUACAGUGCCUAUCAAGCUACAGUGCCAAUCAGGCUACAUUGUCUAUGAGGCUACAGUGUCUAUCAAGCUACAGUGCCUAUCAGGCUACAGUGCCUAUCAGGCUACAGUGUAUAUCAAGCUACAGUGCCUAUCAGGCUACAGUGCCUAUCAAGCUACAGUGCCUAUGAGGCUACAGUGCCUAUGAGGCUACAGUGUAUAUCAGGCUACAGUGCCUAUCAAGCUACAGUGCCUAUCAGGCUACAGUGCCUAUGAAGCUACAGUGCCUAUGAAGCUACAGUGCCUAUGAGGCUACAGUGCCUAUGAGGCUACAGUGUCUAUCAAGUUACAGUGCUUAUGAAGCUACAGUGCCUAUCAGGCUACAGUGCCUAUCAAGCUACAGUGCCUAUCAAGCUACAGUGCCUAUGAGGCUACAGUGCCUAUGAGGCUACAGUGUAUAUCAGGCUACAGUACCUAUGAGGCUGACUGGUUUACCACAGCUGGUGUUAGUGAGUCAGAGCUCUGCGAGGAUACAGACACCCAUCAGCAGCUCUUUACGGUAACACCACACUGUCUUCACCCUACCACACCCCAACAGCUGUGUCUGUCUGAGGAACACCACACUGUCUUCACCCUACCACACCCCAACAGCUGUGUCUGUCUGAGGAACACACUCAAGCUCAACUUUGUUUAUUAGUCAUAUACACAUGAUAUACAGUUGAAGUCGGAAGUUUACAUACACCUUAGCCAAAUACAUUUAAACUUAGUUUUUCACAAUUCCUGACAUUUAAUCCUAGUAAAAAUUCCCUGUCUUAGGUCAGUUAGGAUCACCACUUUAUUUUAAGAAUGUGAAAUGUCAGAAUAAUAGUAGAGAGAAUGAUUUAUUUCAGCUUUUAUUAAUUUCAUUACAUUCCCAGUGGGUCAGAAGUUUACAUACACUCAAUUAGUAUUUGGUAGCAUUGCCUUUAAAUUGUUUAACUUGGGUCAAAUGUUUCGGGUAACCUUCCACAAGCUUCCCACAAUAAGUUGGGUGAAUUUUGGCCCAUUCCUCCUGAUAGAGCUUGUGUAACUGAGUCAGGUUUGUAGGCCUCCUUGCUUGCACACGCUUUUUCAGUUCUGCCCACACAUUUUCUAUAGGAUUGAGGUCAGGGCUUUGUGAUGGCCACUCCAAUACCUUGACUUUGUUGUCCUUAAGCCAUUUUGCCACAACUUUGGAAGUGUGCUUGGGGUCAUUGUCCAUUUGGAAGACCCAUUUGCGACCAAGCUUUAACUUCCUGACUGAUGUCUUGAGAUGUUGCUUCAAUAUAUCCACAUAAUUUUCCUUCCUCAUGAUGCCAUCUAUUUUGUGAAGUACACCGGUCCCUCCUGCAGCGAAGCACACCCACAGCAUGAUGCUGCCACCCCCGCUCUUCACGGUUGGGAUGGUGUUCUUCGGCUUGCAAGCAUCCCCCUUUUUCCUCCAAACAUAACGAUGGUCAUUAUGGCCAAACAGUUCUAUUUUUGUUUCAUCAGACCAGAGGACAUUUCUCCAAAAAGUACGAUCUUUGUCCCCAUGUGCAGUUGCAAACCGUUUUUUUUUUUUUAUGGCGGUUUUGGAGCAGUGGCUUCUUCCUUGCUGAACGACCUUUCAGGUUAUGUCGAUAUAGGACUCGUUUUACUGUGGAUAUAGAUACUUUUGUACCUGUUUCCUCCAGCAUCUUCACAAGGUCCUUUGCUGUUGUUCUAGGAUUGAUUGCACUUUUCGCACCAAAGUACGUUCAUCUCUAGGAGACAGAACGCAUCUCCUUCCUGAGUGGUAUGACGGCUGCGUGGUCCCAUGGUGUUUAUACUUGUGUACUAUUGUUUGUACAGAUGAACGUGGUACCUUCAGGCAUUUGGAAAUUGCUCCCAAGGAUGAACCGGACUUGUGGAGGUCAACAAAAAAAAAUCCUGAGGUCUUGGCUGAUUUCUUUUCAUUUUCCCAUGAUGUUAAGCAAAGAGGCACUGAGUUUGAAGGUAGGCCUUGAAAUACAUCCACAGGUACACCUCCAAUUGACACAAAUGAUGUCAAUUAGCCUAUCAGAAGCUUCUAAAGCCAUGACAUCAUUUUCUGGAAUUUUCCAAGCUGUUUAAAGGCACAGUCGACUUAGUGUAUGUAAACUUUUGACCCAUUGGAAUUGAGAUACAGUGAAUUAUAAGUGAAAUAAUCUGUCUGUAAACAAUUGUUGGAAAAAUUACUUGUGUCAUGCACAAAGUAGAUGUCCUAACCGACUUGCCAAAACUAUAGUUUGUUAACAAGAAAUUUGUGGAGUGGUUGAAAAACGACUCCAACCUGAGUCUGUGUAAACUUCCGACUUCAACUGUAUCUGGAGUACACAGUGCAACAAAAAUCAUUACUUUCGACAGUGCAACAAUUUUGAGGAUGAUGAUGGUGGUGAUGAUGAUGGUGGUAGUGAUGAUGGUGGUAGUGAUGAUGGUAGUGAUGAUGGUGGUGAUGAUGGUGGUAGUGAUGAUGAUGAUGAUGAUGGUGGUGGUGGUGGUGAUGAUGAUGGUGAUUAUGGUCGUAGUAUGAAAAUGUAUGCACUCACUAACUGUAAGUCGCUCUGGAUAAGUGCGUCUGCUAAAUGACUAAAAUGUAAAAAAAAUGUGAUGAUGAUGAUGGUGAUGAUUAUGAUGGUGGUGAUGAUGAUGAUGGUUGUAAUGAUGACGGUGAUGAUGAUGAUGGUGGUGAUGGUGGUGAUGGUGGUGAUGAUGGUGAUUAUGAUGAUGGUAUUGAUGGUGGUGAUGAUGAUGAUGGUGGUGAUGAUGAUCAUGGUUAUAGUGGUGGUGGUGGUGAUGAUGAUGAUGGUGGUGAUGAUGAUGAUGGUGGUGAUGAUGAUGAUGAUGAUGGUGGUGAUGAUGAUGAUGAUGGUGAUGAUGAUGAUGGUGGUGAUGAUGAUGAUGGUGGUGAUGGUGGUGGUGAUGAUGAUGGUGGUGAUGAUGAUGAUGGUGAUGAUGUGAUGAUGUGAUGAUGGUGAUGAUGAUGAUGGUGGUGAUGAUGAUGAUGAUGGAAAAUGUCAGAUGUGGUUUUAAAAGUGGUCCAUAUGUCACAGUGAAGGAGUUGGCUCACCACAUUUCAGUUGACUUUUUUCCAGUAAGAGGCCAGUUGCUUUCUUGCUGACCCCACCUAGCGCACCAAUGAGGCAGUACACAUACUGACACACCCACUCUCUCCCCUUUUCUAAGCUUAUUUCUAAGAAAUCCUGACUGAAAGUGAAAAUGAGGAUGAUGUUAUUUGCUAUUUCUAAAACCAUGCUUUCCGAGAAUUCAGACCCAUGAGACAUUGUGUCAGCACGGUCAUCCAGAGAUGUGUGGGGAUGGUGUGUUUGUGCGUCUGGCUCUGAUUCUGAUCCUAGUAUGACCAAGUUUCCCAAGGACAUUCACCGGUGGAAGUUGAUUAAAUAAACAGCACAGUUGAGGAGAAAAUGUCAAAGUCAAGUACUUUAACAUGCAUCAAGGUAUACUGGGAAAUGAAUAUGCCACACAACAACAGUGCAUUGAGAAAUAUCUGUUUUAAUAACAUUUCUGUCUGUGAUCUGUGACGAUAUCGUACGCAUGUCACACUACGUUCUAGUCCUACUUGCCUUUCUAACCUCAGUCGCUCCUUGUAGUCGAUGAGUGUACGUUGUAUAAACACUCUCUGAUGACAAGAGGCCAAUCUAUCAUUCCCAAAGCCCCAUUCCCAUUUCCGCUGCACUGACUGGGUCAUUCAGAUGGGAUUCUUAGCACAUUGUGGCUCCUUGUUCAUUACAUUAGUUUGAAACAGAGCACACAUAUUCCACAAAGGGGAAUUCAUGAAAUCAGAUAGCUCAAUGCUAACUGUUCACCCACAGUUUGAAAGUUAGCCAACUUCUUAGUGAUAUGGAGUUGGUAUGUGCUCAUUAAGAGAUAUGGCAUGUGACUGAUGUCAGUGUUUCAUAUUGUAUGUUUCUUUUCUGGACAUAGUCAUGGCCAGUAUGUAAAUUAAUCCUGGUAAAACAGUGGUCCUACGUGGCAGUUUAUGGUGUGAAAUGUUACUGUCCUGAAGGUGGAAAAUAAAAGUCAAAAUGUGGCUUCUGUGUGGAAAUAGGAAACUAAUAUUUAAAUAAAUAAAGUAUUAACAGUACCAGUCAAAAGUUUGGACACACCUACUCAUUCAAGGGUUUUUCUUUAUUUUUACUAUUUUCUACAUUUAGAAUACUAUUUUCUACAUUGUAGAAUAAUAGUGAAGACAUCAAAACUAUGAAAUAACACAUAUGGAAUCAUGUAACCAAAAAAAUGUGAGAUUCUUCAAAGUAGCCACCCUUUGUCUUGAUGACAGCUUUGCACACUCUUGGCAUUCUCUCAACCGGUUUCAUGAGGUAAUCACCUGGAAUGCAUUUCAAUUAACAGGUGUGCCUUCUUAAAAGUUAAUUUGUGGAAUUUCUUUCCUUCUUAAUGCGUUUGAGCUAAUCAGUUGUGUUGUGACAAGGUAAGGGGGGUAUACAGAAGAUAGCCCUAUUUGGUAAAAGACCAAUUCCAUAUUAUGGCAAGAACAGCUCAAAUAAGCAAAGAGAAACGACAGUCCAUCAUUACUUUAAGACAUGAAGGUCAGUCAAUACGGAAAAUGUCAAGAACUUUGAACGUUUGUUCAAGUGCAGUCGCAAAAACCAUCAAGCGCUAUGAUGAAACUGGUUCUCAUGAGGACCACCACAGGAAUGGAAGACCCAGAGUUACCUCUGCUGCAGAGGAUAAGCUCAUUAGAGUUACCAGCCUCAGCAAUUGCAGCCCAAAUAAAUGCUUCACAGAGUUCAAGUAACAGACACAUCUCAACAUCAACUGUUCAGAGGGGACUGUGUGAAUCAGGCCUUCAUGGUUUAAUUGCUGCAAAGAAACCACUACUAAAGGACACCAAUAAGAAGAAGAGACCUGCUUGGGCCAAGAAACACGAGCAUUGGACAUUAGACCGGUGUGGGUGAACGGAUGAUCUCCGCAUGUGUAGUUCCCACUGUACAGCAUGGAGGAGGAGGUGUUAUGGUGUGGGGGUGCUUGCUGGUGACACUGUCUGUGAUUUAUUUAGAAUUCAAGGCACACUUAACCAGCAUGGCUACCACAGCAUUCUACAGCGAUACGCCAUUCCAUCUGGUUUGGGCUUAGUGGGACUAUCAUUUGUUUUUCAACAGGACAAUGACCCAACACACCUCCAGGCUGUGUAAGGGCUAUUUUACCAAGAAGGAGAGUUAUGGAGUGCUGCAUCAGAUGACCUGGCCUCCACAAUCCCCUGACCUCAACCCAAUUGAGAUGGUUUGGGAUGAGUCAGACCGCAGAGUGAAGGAAAAGCAGCCAACAAGUGCUCAGCAUAUGUGGGAACUCCUUCAAGACUGUUGGAAAAGCAUUCCAGGUGAAGCUGGUUGAGAGAAUGCCAAGAAUGUGCAAAGCUGUCAUCAAGGCAAAGGGUGGCUAUUUGAAGAAUCUCAAAUAUAAAAUAUAUUUUGAUUUGUUAAAAAAAAUGUUGGUUACUACAUGAUUCCAUAUGUGUUAUUUCAUAGUUUUGAUGUCUUCACUAUUAUUCCACAAUGUAGAAAAUAGUAAAAAAUAAAGAAAAACCCUUGAAUGAGUAGGUGUCCAAACUUUUGACUGGUAGUGUAUAUAUCUUUUGUCACCUCAUUUAGGGUAUAUUUUUUCUCCCCCAAUCUGGAAGGUCAGAGGUCAAUCAGAUCGUGGCUCCUUUUCAGUAUUGAUUAUCUAGUGUCUGACCAGAUAACGGAUCACAGUCAUUGAACAGCUAUCUAAGCAGACCACAGACAUGCAGCAUCUAUCAAGAUACACACAGGCGAGCACAGACAAACAUGCAUGUGAAAACACACACACACACACACAGGGAGGCAGAUCAUCACGGGAAAUCAUUCCGACUACGCCAAAGGUCAUGUCUGAUGCUUUGAGAGAAAACAAGUCAUCAACUAGAUGAACAACAUAAGGUCUACACAUUUAUUUUUUAGAUGAAGUACAAUGUGCAUGUGUGCAAGAGGUGUAGGGAGGGGUAGAAUAUUUAGGAGGGGUCAGUAUAAUAAUAAUAAUAUAAUAUGCCAUUUAGCAGACGCUUUUAUCCAAAGCGACUUACAGUCAUGCGUGCAUACAUUUUUGUGUAUGGGUGGUCCCGGGGAUCGAACCCACUACCUUGGCGUUGCAAGCGCCGUGCUCUACCAGUUGAGCUACAGAGGACCAUCACUGUGUACUUCUAUCAUAACACUGAAAAGUUAUGAUAGAAUACAUCUGCUUCUCACCAUUUCAAUUCUACACCAAGAUAGACCUCUGACUGGCAUAAAAUGGCAUACAUUACAAUUUAGGAUUAGUUUACCCUCCUCAAAUCCUAACCUGAACCAUUCAGGAUGGAAAUGCAAAACUGACCGUAUAUCCGUUUUUUAGGGGCAACUUCGUCUUAUUCCAGCGCUCACUCAAGCGAGGCGGCUCUUUGAUGAGGUCACUGCUAGUCUGAUAGAUGAGCCCAGGGCAGGGGAUUGGACAGUGGUUGAGGAGGUGAGGAGGUGAGGAGGACUAUGGGAACCAGAGGGAGAAAGUUGGGCGACCAUGUUGUGUGAUGAUGAUCAUGAGAGCGAUUUAUGUGAUGGGUUAGGGUUAGGGUUAGUAGGUGGGUAGGCUACACUUGGCUGAGACAACAGACACCUAAAUAAAAUCCUCUCCUAAUACAGCCUUUUCUUUUCACACCCCCAUAAUGUCAAAGAGAGGACGUGUUCAUCUCUGCCAUUGCUAUAGCUGAUGUCAUUGAGGACAUUCCUUUGUGCUGAAUUUCUGAAUAAGUUGCACUCUGAUUGCAGUGUGGCACAGCUAACAUAAGCUAUCUGCUACUCUGAAACAGUCAUGUACCAACAAUUUCCUGUGAACUCAGCGUAUAAACUCUGCAGAUGAGUCACACACAUACUGCAAUAGCUGAUGAGGCUGACUUCGAGCCCACUAACCAGUCAUUUUCUAUUGAAAUGUGCACACAAAUACUUCACUUGCACUAACACUUCAAUGCACACACUCAUCCCUUAUUCACGCGCUUUCAAACACACACCACACACACACACACCACACACACACACACACACACACCAAACAGCAGUGGGGACAAACAUUGGCAGUCUGCAGCAGACACACUGACUGUAGGAAACAUGAGGUAUAUUGGGUCAGAGUGAGAUCAGCCUGGCUAUGAGAAAUAACACAGACACAUUAUUACACAGUGGACCAGGUAAUGUUUCAGUCCAAUGACCCUGUAAGACCAUGCCUCAUAAUGUCUGUGGUUUACACCCUGAACACUUUAUACCUCUCUUUAAUCAAAGAAGAUCCCAAUUGGCACAGAAGUCAUUUCACAGUCUAAUUUUGAUUUAUUUUGGUUGAGUUGUCAACUAAUGUGAAUUCAACUUGAAAUCAACAAAACAUUUCACCAGAUCACUGGAUUUAGGUUAAACGUUGGGUGAAAAAAAAGACAAAAUUCCCUUACGUUGAUGACUUUUUGCAAAUCCAAUAAGUUUUCCACGUUGAUUCAACAUCAUCGCUUUUAAUUUAUUUGUUGAAAUGACGUGGAAACAACAUUGAUUCAACCCGUUUUUGCCCAGUGGGAUCUAACCGUAGGAAGAAUAUGUUCAGGAGAUGCUUGACAUGCCCUCUCUGAUACAUAGGAUCAUAUCAAAACCUGGCGUUUUAAUGAUUCUCCUAAAAAAGACAAAUAAUGUCUCGUAUGCAUCUGGAGCUUCAAAACCAUAAAAAAUAAAAGUUUAUUCUGCAGUUGAAAUACAACAGGCACUUGACAACAGUCGUUAAUCAGCUAAUGAAAGGCUCGGAGUUACACAAGCAAGCACACUUUGGGAGUAGAAGCGGCCAUAAAUUCCUAGCUGUGACAGCCAACGAGGGCAAGGAGAGAGUGAGGGGGGGGAGGAGCUUGGUGCUUGGUACCAGGCACUCUCAGGCCAAUGAGGGUUACGCAUUGUACAGGGGCUAUGGUGAAACACUCCACCGACCAUUUACCCUUAGCGCCCUAUUUUAAGAUCCUUAUCCUACUAAACAUAAUAAAAAUGAACUCAGCUCGGUCUAAACUGUAACUGCUACGUGAAAUAUCUGACUGGCAGACUCUCCAGGAAUUAUGGUCUGUCCGGAAGUUCUGCAAACUCUCUCUCUCCAUUUCAUGAUGUGAAAUAUUCCUGUAAUCAAACAGGAAUGACUUGUUAUAUGCAAACUGUGACCUAUGUGCAGUUCAUAUCUCACUGCUAUUAGAUAAGUUAAAAAGCUAUUUCUAUGCCAUAUCAAAGUGUCCCAAAUGGGCAACAUAGAAGGAAAUGGAUUACAGCAAGCUGCUCUACAGGUACGAGAGGAAACAAUGCUGGGUAAAGUUGAGACAGUUAACCGACCAAGACUUGGUAUCCAUGUCAGGAUAGUAUCUGUUUUAUGAGACGGUGAAGAGGAAAAAAGAGACCACCAUUGUUUGGGAGUGGAGGGUGCUUGGCUUUACUCUUAACCUGAAGAUGUAUGGCUUUACACCCCAAUAGCUUGUAACCUGAGCCUGCUUUUAGGGGCAACUGCAUCUCCAGCUACUCUUAACCCCCCCCCACCCCCCCACCCCACCCCACCCUCAAUCACUCCAGGGGAAAGUGGCCUGCCACUGCUGCUGACAAAAUCACCACAUCCCACUUGAUAUACAGGCCCUGGUGCCAUAUCGCUGGGUCAGUGGCAGGGCUGUGUAAAUGUGCUCCCCUCUGAUGCUCACAUUGUUUCCGGUGUCAACUCUGGGGGAAGUCAUGGUGGUCUGAACAGGGAGGUAACUCAGCCAGAUAACCUCCGUCCGAGGAUCACCUCUACCACUGUAACUCUCAGCCAAGACAUCCUGGGACUAGCCCUCCAGAUGAGAGAUUGAUACCUGGAUAAGAAGAGGAGAAAGGAUAGCAUGGACCAUGGCAGUGGGUCUCGUUAUCUUGUGAACCUGACCAUACACUUUGAACCCUGUCUGUUCUUUUUGGAGCACUCAAACUGAGGUUAUCCAUUUCCAGCUGGUGCAGAAAUCAUUUAGCAAAAGAAACAGAAUUAUAUGAUUCCACUACCUGUUUCACACAUUUAGUAUCUCGGGAAUCCUUAUUGAAAUCCUUCAAUAAAACAGUGUUUAUCAACGAUAUUGUAUGACAUUCUCAAAGAAACUGGUGGGGGGGGACAAAAACGAAAUGGUUACAUUGUAUCAUAAUUACAUAAUUACAUUAUCAAACACUAAUAAACAUUACAUUGUUUCCCAGUAUGUUAUAAAUGUCAUGUAGAGGUUUACCUGAGCAUGUUUAGGCUACCUGAGCAUUUUGUAUAAAAAAAUAUGCGAACAGUCCAGUCCAACUGAAUUAUCACUACGGUCACUUUAACAGGAUGACCCGGAAGUGCACCAUGUUUGCCGGUAGUAUGGCGUUUUCUUUUCCGGUGGCCUCAGUGGUAGUGCGAGCGUGGAUUUGAUCUAGGCUCACUAAAAUAAUUAUAAAAUGAGUGUCCCAGCAUUUAUCGACAUAACCGAAGAGGACCAGGUACGAUUGAAGUGUUUUAGCAGUAGUUUUAUUUUAUGGGCACACUCAUGUCGAUAUGUAACGUUACGAUAAAAAGGAUGACAUGCCAGAUAACAUGCUAACGUUAGCCAUUUAAUGAGUCAAUGACUAUGGUCAGUGCACUGGCUAGUUAGCCUAGCUAGCAUGCUAAUGUUACAGCUGGUUCCAUUUUCAUCUCCAGUAGCCAAAAUGAAUCUAAAUAUUCUCUUUGUAAACUGUAUUAGCUAUGUCCCCCGUGAUUUGUAUUCGCUUAAUGCAACGUAUUGCCAGCUGAGGCAUUUGUUUUACACGUAACUAGGAGUGCGCGUUAGAUAGCUAGCGAGCUAGUUGCAAUCUACAACAACAAUUUGUUUCACUGUUUCAAAUCAAAUUUUAUUUGCCACAUGCGCCGAAUACAACAGGUGUAGACAUUACAGUGAAAUGCUUACUUACAAGCCCUUAACCGACAAUGCAAAGUAAAACAAAUUAAGAAAAGUGUUAAGCAAAAAACAUAAACGCAAAUAACUAAAGAGCAGCAGUAAAAUAAAAUAACAGUAGGGAGGCUAUAUAUAGGGGGGUACCGGUGCAGAGUCAAUGUGCGGGGGCACCGGCUAGUCGAGGUAAUUGAGGUAAUAUGUACAUGUGGGUACAUUGUUUGCACCCAAUGUAACGUUAGCUAGUUAACUAGCUAGCUGGUUAGAAUAGUUUACAUGCCUUGUAUGAAUACACGAGCUAUCUGUAAUGUAUAGAUUUACUGCCAGCUGUAAGGCUUGGAGAAGGAAAAUACGUCAUUGUGCAGCCUUAAUCAAAUGUACAAUUUAAAUAUCUCAAGUAUCAGCUGUUAAGUAGUGAAUGUUUUGUUAUUGGACUAAUAAAGUGUCAACGCUGUGUCUGCAGUUUGUUUAAUCUGGGGUGUAUUCAUUAGUCAGAUUCCGUUGCAAAACGUUUUACAACGGAAACCGGUUACUCAAGGAACCAAACAGAAGGAAAUGGGAAGGGACCCAAUAGAAAACGUCGUUUUCGUAGCAAAACGUUUUACGUUUGGAGUGAACUGUUUCACAGACAAAACUGAUUGCUACGGAAUCCGACUAAUGAAUACACCCCUGUUCUCUUAUUACGUGUUGUUGUUGACAGGCCUCCGAGCUCAGGGCCUACAUAAAAGCCAAAGGAGCAGAGAUCUCAGAGGAGAACUCGGAAUGUGGUCUCCAUGUGGACCUGGCUCAAAUCAUCGAGGCCUGUGACGUCUGCCUCAAGGACGACGAUAAAGGUGAGUGACACCAGGGAAACUCUAACCUAUAGCCACUGGCACUUCUAAAGGACUGCUCACAUAGUUGACUUAUCCAUGUAGAGAAUGCAAACAUGCCCAAGGCAUCUACAGAUACACCUGUCUCUGUAUGGUGUGUCAGCACACACAUGAACUGUAAACUCUCCUCUUUCUCACUCUUGUCUUUCUGUCUGUCAGCCUCCUCCCCCUCCUCGUCUUUUUCCCUGAAUUAAUCUGCUGUUCCUCACUUGCUGUUUUUCUUUCUCUCUCUCUACCCAUCCUGUCUUUUUCCUCAUGGACCCCCACCUCUGUUUGUUUUUCUGUCUCCUCCUAAAAGUGGCUUGUAUGAAUGAGUCUUUAAUCAUGAUGAAUGGUAUCAUUGUGAUUGAUAGUUGUCUCUCUCUCUCUCUGUAGAAGUGGAGAGUGUGAUGAACAGCAUAGUGUCGCUGCUACUCAUCCUGGAGGCGGAGAAACAGGAGGCCCUGAUCGAGAGUCUUUGUGAGAAGCUGGUCAAGUCCCGAGAGGGAGAGAGGCCUUCCCUGAGGAUGCAGCUGUAAGUCCACACACUCUUCUCUAUCUCGUUCUCUACUAGUCUUUCCUGACCUGUGAAGUAUGCAGCCAUCCACUCUAGAUGCCUGGAUCACUAGGACGUAGUUCAUGGAAUCAGCAACCGAAGAUUUGGGUUUGUUUAUGCACUGUGGAAGAAGUGGGACCCUUGUAAACACUAACCGUAACCCAUGUCUUAAUGAUAAAUUCAAACUAACUUGUAUGGUUUUGGUUGUGUAGGCUGAGUAACCUGUUCCAUGGCAUGGAUGAGACAGCCCCAGUGAGGUACACAGUCUACUGCAACCUCAUCAAGGUAGCAACCACCUGCAACGCAAUCGCUUUCAUCCCCACGGACCUCGACCAGGUACGCCCACCGUGCACACUCGCCAUACACUGACACUCUCACCGUGCACACUCGCCAUACACUGUCACUCUCACCGUGCACACUCGCCAUACACUGUCACUCUCACCGUGCACACUCGCCAUACACUGUCACUCUCACUGUGCACACUCUAUACACUCUAACUGUGCACACUGUUCUCACCGAUGUGCACAUCCAAUGCGCUCAGACCACACUUUUCCACUCACAUGUAAGGGCUCUGUGCAGGAACAAGACAUUGUAGAGGAAGGAUGAUUGAUGUUUCCAUGGUUCUGCUUGUGUGUUUGUGGUUCAGGUGCGUAAGUGGAUCACAGACUGGAACCUGAACACAGAGAAGAAACACACACUGCUAAGGCUGGUGUACGAGGCCCUGGUCGAAUGUAAGAAGAGGUAACUAACUACACACAGUCUGGUACCUGGUGGCGUCAUCGCACACAGUCUGGUACCUGGUGGCGUCAUCGCACACAGUCUGGUACCUGGUGGCGUCAUCGCACACAGUCUGGUACCUGGUGGCGUCAUCGCACACAAUCUGGUACCUGGUGGCGUCAUCGCACACAGUCUGGUACCUGGUGGCGUCAUCGCACACAGUCUGGUACCUGGUGGCGUCAUCGCACACAGUCUGGUACCUGGUGGCGUCCUCAUUUUCCAUAUUUUUCUAAAAGUAAUUCCUCAUUACAAUGGGAUAUGUGUUGUGUAUCUGCAAUGUAUUUUUCUUGAGCUGGACCUUGUGUCACUGAGUGUGUGUGUUGCUGUUUGACCUUGUGUCACUGAGUGUGUCUGAGUGUGUGUAUUGCUGUUUGUCCUUGUGUCACUGGGUGUGAGUGUGUGUAUUGCUGUUUGUCCUUGUGUCACUGAGUGUGUGUGUGUUGCUGUUUGACCUUGUGUCACUGAGUGUGUGUGUGUUGCUGUUUGUCCUUGUGUCACUGAGUGUGUGUGUUUUCCUCUACAGCGAUGCUGCAGCUAAGGUGAUGGUGGAGCUGCUGGGGAGUUACACAGAGGACAACGCCUCACAAGCACGUGUUGAUGCCCACAGGUACACACAUACACACCUCUACCCUACUGCAACCCAUCAUAACUACAAGAUCUGACAUAUGACUGGCUGUCUUUGCUGUCACUCACCCCUCUGUCGUCCCUCCCCCCAGAUGCAUUGUGCGAGCCCUGAAAGACCCCAACACCUUCCUGUUGGACCACCUCCUGGCCCUCAAACCUGUCCGCUUCCUAGAGGGAGAACUCAUCCAUGAUGUGAGUCCUGAACCCCAGCUCAGGGAACAGCUCAUCCUAAUGUUAACAAGGCAGUAACAUUUUAACGCUGUUGUUGGCACUACAGAGGAGGAUUUAAUAGGUUCAUAUUAAUCGAUUCAUAACAAUGAUGCCACAUUAUUACCUGAUAGUUUUAACAGUGACUACAUAGCCUUCCACGUCUCUCUCUCUCUGUUCUCCCUCGUUCCCAGCUCCUGACCAUCUUUGUGAGUGCAAAGCUAGCUGCCUACGUGAAGUUUUACCAGAGCAACAAAGACUUUAUCGAUUCCCUCGGUGAGUGAACUCAAGACUCGAUGGGGCUACCUCGCGGCUAGUGACCUGACUGCAGAGAUCAAAUGCACUGGACACACACACACACCCUGCCUAGCCUAAAUCGCUGACCUCUGUGAAUACAGUGUUGGAGUGUGUGUUUGUUUGUGUGUGUCAGCAGUGUGUCUCUGUCCACACACACACACACUGCUGAGAACAUAGUGGUCCAAUUAACAUGGUUGGUCCUCCCACACAGGGCAGGUGGGGUUGGCUCUCACUGCAGACAUCGUGGUGUUUGUGUUAAUAUGCCUAGUCACUAGUUACACACUGCUGGACACUUAGCCAAGGGAACCUCCCUGAGUCAAGUGGGAUUGAGUGUGUUUGUGUGUUCAUACUCCACCACAGAAUGAUUAUUUCUUGGAGUUUCCCUCCGAUGUUGCCCUGAGAGUUUGAACCUUAGUGAGUUACAUUCUUAAUCACCCAGCCAACUGACAAUUGACUGUUGAUUUGUUUGUUUAGGUUUUCCUAAUGUGUAUUCAGUAAUUGUAGUUAACGAUCUCAUGAUUAAUGGUACCUAAGAGUUGGUGACCUGCUAUUGAUUGAUUAUCUAUUUAAUUGUCAUGUCUUGUUAUUCCUGUGUUUUAAUGAACUCUGUCCUCCUGUCCCCAGGUCUCAACCAUGAUGUUAUUCCUGUCCCCAGGUGUCAAUCAUGACGUUAUUCUUGUGUUUUAAUAACUCUGUCCCCAGGUCUCAACCAUGAUGUUAUUCCUGUCCCCAGGUGUCAACCAUGAUGUUAUUCCUGUGUUUUAAUAACUCUGUCCUCCUGUCCCCAGGUCUCAACCAUGAUGUUAUUCCUGUCCCCAGGUGUCAAGCAUGAUGUUAUUCCUGUCCCCAGGUCUCAACCAUGAUGUUAUUCCUGUCCCCAGGUGUCAAGCAUGAUGUUAUUCCUGUGUUUUAAUAACUCUGUCCUCCUGUCCCCAGGUCUCAACCAUGAGCAGAACAUGGCUAAGAUGCGUCUGCUGACGUUCAUGGGCAUGGCGGUGGAGUUUAAAGAGAUCUCCUUUGACACCAUGCAGCAGGAGCUGCAGAUAGAAGAAGACCAAGUAGAAGCCUUCGUCAUCGACGGUACCAACACCGCCUCAGAUCCAAUCUGACACACACACACACACUAUCUCUGUAAUACUAUACUCCCCUCUGACAGCUCUGUAAUUCCCCUCUUCCUAUCUCUUCUUUUGUCUGUAGCCGUUCGGACUAAGAUGGUGUACUGCAAAAUUGACCAGACACAGCGAAAAGUUGUUGUGAGGUAAGCCAGAACAGUCUUUUUUUAUUUUUUUUACGUGGCAUUGUAAUGAAGUGUGUUCUGCGAUGUUAGCGGCUGCGUUUGGCAGGCUAAAGCUGCGUCGUGUUCAUUUAAGGCGCAAUGUAGAAAAACAUUUUUGCAACAGGAAACUAGUAGUCCCUCCCCUUUUUCAGUCCUUUUUCUUCCGUUUGGUGUCGGAUGAAUACGACCCUGUACUAGAGACAGUCUCUUUACUGUGUAGCAAUCAGGUCAAGGUUUCUGAGAACCUUCCUUCAGAGCUCCCAAUUAUACAAACAUACAGUUUGUCUUUGUUCUUGUGUUGCUGUACAGAAAUACUUUUUUUCACCUGUGGAUACUUAUUUUUUGCCAGUUGAGUAUAAAUGCUAUUGUUGAUAGGUUUCCGUAAAGGAAAUCUAGACAUCUCUUUUUAUUCUCUGCUACAAAGCAGGUUCCGUUUGACUCUGAUCUGAUUGGUGCUUACGUUUGGGGUAUGUUCUAUGUAGACCUAUUAAUCAUAGGGUUUGGUUGUCUGUAUGAUAAGAGGAAAAUGUCUCCCCUCGUGGCACUUCAGACGUAUUUGGCACUACUUUGUCGGAGGGAGACUCAAAGCUCUGAGAUUUCCAAUGAUACCUUUCAGGGUUGCCAGGUAUGGCAUUACGCUCCCCUUUCCCUGACUGUGUGUCUCCAUCUCUGCCCCCAUCAGCCACAGCACACACCGCACCUUCGGCAAGCAGCAGUGGCAGCAGCUCUACGACAGUCUCAGCUCCUGGAAGGGCAAUCUGGCAACCGUGAAGACCAGCCUCCAGACCCUGUCCCCCUCUGCCUAAGAUCUCCAUCUCCAAAACCCUCUUUAAAAUACUUCCCUCUAUUAUCGAACUCUGGUUGAAUCUUCUGUCACCAUUUUUAUAUUCACCCAAUAAAAGACUAAUUGAGAUCUUCCA